CUUUGCUGUGAUUGGUCAAUGAUAGAAUAUGGCGAUGUCCGCGGAAUUGUAAAAACGUCAUGAAAAUAAUUUGAGUUUGUUGUGUAUAGGAACAAACACGAGUGGAAUUACAACAUUCACGUGGAACCACAUCAUGGAAAACGUUUUUAACACUAUCACUGACUCCAGACAACGUUGAUUUAGCGUAGUUUUCCUUAAUCAGCACGGGUUUCUUGUGCCGGCUAACAAACCUGCUAACAUCGAUACAGAGGAUAGUCCUCGACACUGAGCACUCCAACAUGCCUGCCUUCCGACAAGUGGGAGAGAAGCAACUUCCUAAUCCUGUUCUGUGUAUGGCAUGGUCUCCAAGGCGCGAUCUGAUUGCUUUGGCCAACACAACAGGCGAGCUACUUCUACAUCGUUUGGCCUGUUUCCAGCGUGUUUGGAGUUUACCUCCCACUGAGACCACAGGGAAGGAGAUCACUGCCUUGGCCUGGAGACCAGAUGGCAAAAUAUUGGCAUUCAGCCUCGGAGACACCAAGCAGGUUGUCCUGUGUGGUGUGGAGAAAGCAGAAAUACUCCACGUGUUUCCAGUAGAGAACUCUGUCACCUGCAUGCACUGGAUGGAAGUAACUGAUGAUUGCAGUGCCCUGAACUCCUUCUUCAAUUCAGAAGAUGAAUCAAACUUUUUUCUUUCUAAACUGCCAUCACUCCCCAAGAGCUACAGCACAACAUCUGAGAUCUUCAGUGAAGACAAGUCUGAUGAGAUCAUGAAUCUUUUAGGAGAAGUGAGACUGAAUAUACUUGUCCUAGGAGGAGACAAUGGUUUUGUGGAACUUUACGCAUAUGGAAUGUACAAGAUUGCGACCUUGACAGGGGUAUCAGGUUCCUGUUGCAGCCUUAGUUUGUCCAACGAUCUCAAGUCUCUGUCCAUUAUCACUGAAAUUAUGUCUGCUGAAGACAAACCAGAGAUCUGCUAUGUUCAGAUGGACACAGGGUUGUUGUCUGACUGUCUGCCUGAAGUCACCAGGAUGGCGCGCAAAUUCACUCAUAUCUCCACUGUGCUCCAGUACCUGCAUCUGUCCCUCACAUGUAUGUGUGAAGCCUGGGAGGAUAUCCUCAUGCAGAUGGAUCUCCGUCUCACAAAGUUUGUCCAGGAGAAGAACACCAGCACACAGGUUCAAGAUGAGUUUCUGGAGCUUCUGCUAUGGGGACAAUCGAGCCCAGAACUACAGGCUUUUCUAAUGAACCAGCUGAAUGUUAAGGGCCUAAAAAAGCUUGGCCAGUCCAUUGAGUCUUCUUACUCCAGCAUCCAGAAGCUUGUGAUCAGCCAUUUACAGAGUGGCUGUGAGGCUCUGUUGUAUCACCUCAGUGAGGUGAAAGGAAUGUCGCUGUGGAAGCAGAAGUUUGAGCCUCUAGGUCUUGACUCCACAGCUAUAGAAGGUGCCAUCACAGCUGUAGGAUCUUUUUCUCUAAAAGCCAAUGAACUUCUACAGGUGAUUGACAAGAGUAUGAAAAACUUCAAAGCCUUUUUCCGGUGGCUCUACGUGGCCAUGUUGAGAAUGUGUGAGGAGCAUGUACCACCAGAACUCAACAAGAUGACUCAGAAGGACAUUGCUUUUGUUGCUGAUUUCCUUUCAGAACAUUUCAGUGCGAACGAAGAACUCUUUGAUCGCAAAGGAAAGUAUUUUAAUGUGGAGCGAGUUGGUCAGUAUCUGAAGGACGAGGAUGAGGACCUUGUGUCUCCACCCAACAUUAAUGGGAACCAAUGGUUGAAGUUUUUGCAGGAGAGUAAACACCUGAAGGAGAGCCCUCUGUUGUUUCCGUCCUAUCCCCAAAAGUCUUUGCACUUUGUGAAGAGGAUGAUGGAGAACGUGAUUGAGCAGUGUCUACAGAAACCUGCAGAAAUCAUUGGGAAGUCUGUAAAACAGGCUGCCUUUUUGCCUUUGUACACAGUUCCAGAGAGCUCAAACACUCCUCGACUUUUUGACAUGCCAUCUUUAUGGAAUGACAAAAAGGCUAAAAUGCACUAUGUUGUGUUCAACAUGCCACAUAUUUCACCCUGCAAGCUGUACCUGCUACGUAAAGAAACUGACCCAAACAGAAGUGUUCCAAACAAUGUCAUCUCCAUUGCACUCAGUCGCCUUUUUGAUAGAGCAAAUGAUGAUGCAGCCCAAUCUCACGGCUACAACUGCCUUGAUGCUCGUUUCUAUGAUGAUGAAAUGUUAACUGUGGUCUUGCAAGGGGCGGAAGAAAACAAUAGUAAACGUAUUCUGGCACAACUGCCUCUUACUUCCGCCUUAAGUUGUGAAGCUCCAUUCAACUGGAAGACAAACCUGAGGUUGGACCAGCAGAGCAGUAGCAUCCCAUGCCAGGGUCUGGUACUAGGGAAUCAGCUACGAGAACUUGAGAGUAUGAAAGCACAAUUUGUUGCUGUCAAUGGAAUCCGGAAAGUUGCCUGUGUACUUAGCACUAAUUUGAGGCACAUACGUGUUUUUGAAAUGGAUGUGGAAGAUGAGGAAGAGGAGGGGGCGGACUCACAAAAUGCCACUGCUGGACAGGAUGUGCUGCAUAAUACAAUGACCAGCGAAGGGCAGGGAGAGGAAAGUGUUGAGGCAGGUGGAGAUCCUGUAGAUAAUGAAGAAAAUGGACUUACAAAAAGUAAUGAGCGUUUGGAUUCAAAGGAAGAUCUGGAACUCACCUAAGACUAAGACAAAAAUCCUUUUUUCAAUUCUAAAAAAAGGUUUAUACAUGAAAACGGACUGGUCUGUGUUUUAACUUUAUUGGUUCAUAUUUUUCAACAUCUUUACAAUCAAACAUAAUAUGUUUUCAUCAUUUAUUAGUUCAUAAUAAACAACAUAAAUACAUUGUUAAUACAUAUAAGAUAAUUGUAGAUCAAUAAAAGUUUCCUCUCAAAGAAAAGUAAUUACGUUGUUAUUUUCAA